GUUUAAAGAGAAUCAAACUGUAUCAGUAAUCAAAUACCCGGAAGAGUAUUUGAGUCUCAAGCAACAAUAACAAAAAAUAAAUGCAAAUAAAAUAAAAUAUCGAACGGCGGGAAUUUUAAAUGUCAGCGCAGGCGUAGAGAGCGUAGCCGCGGUGACCUCAAUAUUACCCAUUUUUAACACCCUCUGACCCAGAACGGAGGUACAGGGAGACACAGAAACCAACACAGACAUUAUAACCCACAAAACCCUCACUUAACACCACCAAGCACGAGGGGAAACGGACAUAACAGACCACGAAAAAAAAUGACAGUACUUGGCAUCUUUUAACCUUUUCUCAAGAACUUUUUCCCUUUCUUUCGGCAGUGGCACAUGGGUUGAGGGCGGGGAGUGUUGCUUGUGCGGGCCGGCAGGCGUGGCACUCCCCCUCAUAACCCCAUAAAACCUUUACUUAACCCUCAAAGUAAAGAUUAUUAAGUGGCGCUCCGUAACCUCCCACCAGACCACGUCCCCUGGCACUGUGGGCAUCGGGGUGUGGCACUGUGCAUUAGGAGCCUACCCCAGACGGUCUAGGCAUCAUGGUCGCUGGGGGGAGGAGCCGCCCAGUGCAUCCUCGAGUACGUUGCCAUGACAACCAGCAGCAGCAGCAUCCAGCCUGAGAUAACGUGAGUGUGCUGAAUGCUGAGUGGCGGCGGCAGGCAUGCUGUAUUGAUCACCGCCGCCUGCCAUGUGUUGCGUGCUGUGGUGUGUGGUGUUGCGUGUGGUGGUGGUGGUGGUGACGUGCAACACUCCCCUGACAGGUUCCGCUGGUGCCGGACGGAGCGGUGCCGCGCGGCGGAGGUGUGGCUGGUGCUGACCUCCGUGACGGGCACGCAGGUGUGCCUCACCUGGCGCCCGCAGCUGGGCUGGUACGAGGCGCCGCCCACCCCCGUGCCCUGCGGCCUGCACACCGGCUUCCUGCACGCCGGGGACAAGGGCCGGAACGGGGUCCCGGAGUGGCCGGUGGACGCGUUCCACGUGUCGCCGCACCGCGCCGGGGUGGAGCUCUUCGUGUCGGGGGCGCCGUCGGGCACGUUCCUGGGGCACGCCCCCGACCUGCGGCGGCGGUACCUGCACCCCGGCCCCCACGACCGCCGCUGGGUGUCCUCCACGGCCCUGCCCAGCGGGGGGCGCUCCUCCCCGCCACACUCCACCCAGGAUGACUGGGGCGACGCGUCCCGCGGGGGUUCAGGGCGGGGCGGCCUGAGUCGCGGGGGCGCCUCGGCCUCCCUGGGUGACCUCCGCCCCCUGCCCGCCGCCGCCCCCUCCCCCGCCUUCUCCCGCGCCUUCCGCGUGGCCGCCGAGCUAUCCAGCACCAGCUCGCGGCUCCUGGCAGGGCUGUCCUCGGGCAGCAGCGGCGUGUGCCUGGCGGGGGAGGAGGCGGGCAGUCCGCCCCACCACCACCGCCACCACCACCCCAGCUCCUCCACCUCGUCCUCUCCGGACUCUGAGGACGCCCUGAGGGCGCCGCGGGUGCGGCUGUCCCGCGCGCGGCGGCGGCGGGGGGAGGGUGAGGGGGCGUGUCCGGAGGUGGAGGUGGAGACCGCCCUGUCCGCGGCGCGCACCUCCUCGCUGCGCACCGAGGCGGCUCUGCUGCGGCUGGACACACUGGCGCAGGAGCGGCGCGUGGCGCGACUGCUGGCGGAGUCUGAGUCUGACUCUGACUUUGAGGAGGAGGAGGCCGAGGAGGAGGAAGAGGAGGGCGUCGGCGGGCGGGCGGGCGGCGGCCAGUACGGGUGCGUCAUCACCUUCGAGAGCCGCAGCUCCAGCCUGCAGGACGUGGGCUCGCCGCGCGCCCUGGAGGACGCCCUUGUGUCCCUCACCUCCACGGAUAGCCACCCGGAGUUCACCUUCGAGGGCAGCCGCUCCUCGGGGCCGCCUUCUGCGGGGGGGCGCGGGGGCCUGGAGCCGCCCACCCCCGCCCCGCGGCGGCUGGCGUGGGGCAACCGCGCCUCGCCCGACCUGGCCGAGGACCAGGACUUCCUGUACGAGUCGCUAGGCCACGAGGACCAGCGGGUGCCGCUGCGCCUCACGGGCCUGGACAGCGAGGACUCCGCCGACUCGCCGCGCCGCCGCCGCCACGCCCGCGCCUCGCCGCCGCCCUCGCCGGGCCCCCACAGCAGCGCCAGUGGCACCACCGGCCACUACUCCCCCCACGCCGCCACGUCCCCCUCACCCCUGCCCCCGGGGCCCGCCACGCCCCCGUCGCCGCCGCUCGUGUCCCUGUCACUGGAGAGCUACGAGCCCACCGUGAGGGAGGUUAAGGUGGCCCCGCUGGGCGGCGGGGCGGCGCCGGGGUGGGAGGCUGACGGUGCUGACCCUUCCCCGGCCCCGCGUGUACUGGCGGCGGAAAAGACGGCGGCGGCCAUAGCUGAGGAGGACGAGGCGGUGCUGCUGAUGCUGCUGACCCCCGCUGACCACGACGACCCGGCCAGCCCCGAGGUCCCAGCCACCCCCGGGCAGCAGGAGGACCUGUCGCCGGCCUCGUCCCCAGCACCGACGCCACCACUGCCCGGCAGCACCCCCCGGGACCACACCACCACCACCACCAUCACCAUAGUGGGGCCAUCACCGGGCCGUGACGCAGCCCCCGCAGGGCCAACACCGGGCCGCGACACUGGCACCACCACCACCACGGUAGGCGGUGGUGAUGAACACACCACCGCGGCAAAGGCAGAGGCAGCAGAGGGUGACCAGGACACCACCGCCACCACCGCCGCCGUGGGUCCGUCAGCAGGGAGAGGCGGCGUGGGCAGCAGCACCACGCCCGCGGCGGACGACUCCCACCCCGGAGGAGGAGGUGGAGGUGGUGAAACAAGUGGACGAGGCGGAGGACUAAAUGGAAGAGGUGGAGGUGAUGAAGACAAGAGGAGUGGUGAAAGAGGAAGAGGAGGACGCGGAGGAGGCAAAGACCUGAGCCAGCCCGCCCCCCGCCCCCGAGCCCUCCAGCACGCGGGCACGCAGACCCCCGCCGUCACCAGCACCACGCGGGCCACCUCCACCGCCGCCACCACCACGCGGCACCACUCCCCUCCCACGCCCUCACCCACCCCGCACGCCCACCGACCCCACAAAGCCCCCUUCACCCCCCUCCCUGACCGACUAACAGGACCGUGGAACCAGCGCCCACACCACGCCCACAACCCCCCCGCCCCCCUCCCUUACCCCCCCUCCCCUGCCCGCUCCGUCCUGUCCGCCCUCCAGCAAAGCCUCUACUCCAAGAUCCUUCAUAGGACGCCCCUGCAGGACUCUACGCAUAUCCUACACAACACCUUACGCCUGUCCGACCUCCAGGAUAAGGGACUCGGCGUAUCCUACAGUAGGACUCCACACCACCACUACCGCAGGACUCAGCACCCCUCCCCCCCCUCCACGCCCCCCGUGAGAGUUCCUAGGUAUCCUGUGCUGUGUGCUGAGUCGGUGCUGUCGUCCAAUAUGCUUGCGUCAGCGGCUCAGCACCACCUCGGGGGCAGUGCGGGCGACCUCCAGCGUCAGCACCAUACGUCAGCACUCGGCUAUGCGUCGGGUAUCAGGGUGAGGGGGUCAGCCAGCCUCCCUGACCUUUACGCCCCCCCGCCCCCCUUGCGCCACGCCCCCCGCCGCCGCCACACGCCUGACGUCAUGUAUUCAAGUAGUAUAAAGGACCGUCGGUGGUCGUCGUGGCGGGCGGCGGAGGACAGCGACAGCGGCGGCUCCACGGACUCGCUCAUCGACGAGGCGGAGCACAUGGCGAGUUCGGCUUCGGCCCCGCUCGACUUCUUGUUCGAACCGCGCGCUUACGAGUACAGGGAGGAGCGACGGCAGCAGCGGCGUAAGACUCGGCGGCGAACUCGCUCCCACCACGGAACCUUCACCGCCUGGCAGACCGACCCCUCUUCCGCCCCCUCGCCCGCCGCAGCCCAUGGUGGGUCUGGGCGGCCGUACCUCCCCUAUCGCGGUGACCAGCUGAGUCCAGGGCAGCAGGUGAAGGUGUUGGCUCCUGGCGGGGGCGUGGCAGUGGCUCGGGUCAUUGCCAACCAGCGGGGGAUUAAGGGGGCACACCACCACCACCACCGCCACCACGACCACGAGGACAGGGUGACGGUGGUGUUGCUGUGUGAGCCUAAUAGACUGCAGGGAAGCGUGGUCACCGUGCCUCUCGAGAAGGUGUUGCUGGCCUGGCCCCGCGCAUAGACACCACCACCACCACCACCACCACCCUCCGUGCCUUCAUACCGGACACCCUGACAAGUGCCGUGGGGAUGUCCUAACACUUAACCCGUCCAGUGCCAGUGCCAGAGUGUCCUUAAUAGGCAUGUGUUAUUAUAUGUUACUGAAGGAGCUGAAGAAGGUUACGGUAGAGCUUUGACUUUUCGGAGUGUUAAGACUGAAGAAGGUCAAAGAAGGUCACUGAUGAAGAAGGUCACAGUUAAAGAAGGUCAUAAUUGGAGAAGGAUGAAGAAGGUCACACUUAAAGAAGGUUACAGUAGAGGCUUGACUUUAUGGACUGUUAAGGCUGAGGAAGGUCAAAGAAGGUCACUGAUGAAGAAGGUCACAGUUAAAGAAGGUCAUAAUUGGAGAAGGAUGAAGAAGGUCACAUUUAAAGAAGGUUACGGUAGAGCCUUGACUUUAUGG